AUGGUCAAGAAGAAGAGGAGGCCCGCCAGAGUACAACAGGAAGGCUUCCAAUCAGAGAGGCCUGCUCAAACCGGCACAAUCUUCAACAUCUGGUACAACAAAUGGUCUGGUGGUGAUCGCGAAGAUGCAUACUCCUCCAAGCAACAAGCAAAGGGCAGAUGUAACGUCGCCCUCGACUCUGGAUAUACUCAAGCCGACAGCAUCGCCGGCAGCUAUUUCUGUCUAUUCUUCGCCCGCGGUCUCUGCCCCAAAGGUCAAGAUUGCGAAUAUCUCCACCGUCUGCCAAACUCGCGCGUAGAGAAAGAGGGCGGGCUAGGCGACAUCUUCCCCUCCAACGUCGAUUGCUUUGGAAGAGACAAGUUCAGCGACUACAGAGACGACAUGGGUGGUGUCGGAAGUUUCAUGCGCGUCAACAGAACUCUAUACGUAGGCAGGAUUCACACGUCCGACGAUAUUGAGGAAGUUGUCGCCAGACACUUCCAAGAGUGGGGUCAGAUUGAGCGCGUCCGUGUACUGCCAGCACGAGGUGUAGCAUUCGUGACGUACGUCCACUUGGCCAAUGCCGAAUUCGCAAAGGAGGCCAUGGCGCAUCAGCCGCUAGACAACAACGAGACGCUGAACGUACGAUGGGCAACAGUCGACCCCAACCCGCAAGCACAAAAACGAGAAGUCCGAAAGAUCGAGGAACAAGCAGCCGAUGCCAUUCGCCGUGCGCUGCCAGCAGAAUAUGUCGCCGAGAUCGAAGGACGUGGUGAAGGCUGGGAGGAGGCAAGAAAGAGAAGAAAGGUCGAGGGGACUUUCGGAUUGGCAGGGUAUGAAGCCAGCGACGAAGUAUGGUAUGCAUCGGAGAAGGCCAGACUUGGAGCACCGCAGGAGGCGUAUCUGCUCGAAGCUGGCGACCUACAAGACGAGGACGAAGAGGGUGCACCGCUUCGAAUCGAGGACAUGAAAAGACAAGAUGCACCCUCUGGAAUCCUUGGAGGAACAACAUUGAGCGCAUUGAAAGGCUUCACAGCGGGCUCAGGAGGAGCAGCAAGCAAGGCCGCCGACAAGCCUGCAGGGCCUUUGGUUGGUUAUGGAAGUGACGAUGACAGCGAUUGA